CUGUUUUUAAUCAGUCGUGACAGAAACGGUAACCUCCACAACCAGGCUGACUUCUCUCCCACCAAGAAGUACCCGAUGAGUAACGGCUUCUCCUUGUUUUGCUGUGUGUCUUUUUCGUUGCUAGAGGGAACCAGCGGAUCAGGUCACAGGAAUAUGUCCAGCAGUGGUGGAGGGCUGGGCUUGGAGAAGAAUGUCUUAACCCAGAACAGCAGUGGAACGUACUUCUCCUCAUCCUCUGUAGGUGUGAACACCGGGAGCUACAGCUCCUCCUCAGGGAUCUACCUGGGAGGGGACUCCUCUGGAGGAGGAGAGGGAGGGGGAAGCUACAUAGAUGGAGAGGGUUAUGGAAGCGGAGGAGGAGGACGAAGUGGGGGCAGUUACGUGGUCAGCUCUGUGUCAAAGGUCCGGUCCAGCUCUUCGGGCAACGCCAGGAGGGUGCAGGCCGCUGGCUCAUCGGGAGGCCUGUCGCCGGCGUUCCGGGAAAGAAAGAUCAUAUCCACCCGCUCCGGAGGUUAUGAUGGAAGUUCCAGUGCUAAUUCCUCACCCGAAUUUACACGCAAAGAUUAUGGAAACUACUGCUCCAGCACCUCUAGAGGGAGGAGCGAAAGCCGAGAGAGUGAGAUCAGAGCCAGAUUACAAAGUGCCUCUCCGAGCGCAGGAAGAUGGGCGGAGCUGGAUGACGUGAAGAAACUGCUGAAGGGGCGCUCCAGCAGUGUCAGCCCCACUCGCUCCUCAACCGCCUCCAUAACCCUGCCGGUCCCUAAGAAGGCCAGCGUGGAGACCAAGACCAUCUCAGUUGCCACUCAGUCAGCAUCGACUUUAUAUGGAUCUGGAGUGCAGUCAGCUGGGUUCAACACCAUCGACAUUUCCGGCCUGUAUGAUACAGGUCUCACAUCAGGGGUGCGCGAUACUGGUGUUCAAACUGGCCAGUAUGAUGUCAUGCUAAACUCAGGCCAAUGUGAUACUGGUAUCAAAUCCAGCCAGUACGGUGUUAGUCUGAAAUCAGGCCAGUAUGACACUGGUCUGAAAUCGGGGCAAUAUGACGCUGGUCUGAAGUCGACCCACUAUGAGACCAGUGUGAGGUCGGGCCAGUAUGAUACCAGUGUGAGGUCGGGCCAGUACGAGACCAGUGUGAGGUCAGGCCAGUAUGAUACACUGGACUCCACAUUACCCACUUUCUCCUGGUCCACCUCCACCCUGCCCUCCGCCUCCAACACGGUUGUUGCUGGAAAUACCAGCAGCUACACCUACCAGGCCAGCCAGGCCGGCACCAACAACAUGCCCGGAGGCUCCUCACCCAUCAGCCUCACGGCUCCCUCGUCCCUGUCAGUUUAUGGCUUUCAGAAUAAUCUGGCACCCACCUCUGCUGCAGUGCUCACUACCAGUGGCGCCAACAUAAAUGCCAACCUCGGAGGAUAUGGUGUUCAGAAGAAUGUGUCAAAUGGUACUGGGAUCAUCAGCUCCGGGGUCUCCACGGGUUUGUCUGGAACAGCAGUCACUAGAUCCCAAACUGAGGAUGCCUAUAAGAGAGACUACAAGUUCAUGGUAUCUGAAAAGGAGAAUGUUCCAGCCAAGAGGGACACAGAAACGCUGAUUUUGGCUAAAGAUAGUGGGAAGCAGUUCACCAGCAGCGGUGUUCAUUUAGGAGGAGGUUCUCUGUCAGGAGAUUCAAUCAAGAAGGAAAAGCUCAUCUCCAGCUACAUUGACACGGUCCCACUCAAGUCAGAAACAGGCAACUCUUACUAUGGCUCAUCUGGAGUGGUGAUGAAAGACAAAGCCACCUAUGCAGAGAUUCACCGGGACAGCGGCGUCUUCGGGGGUGGAGGAUUCUGCUGCUGCUCUGAUGCCUGCUGCUCUUGGUGGAAGUGGCUCCUCGGUCUACUUCUCCUCUCCCUGCUUCUUUUGGGACUCCUGUUUGGCCUAAUUGCCCUGGCCGAAGAUGUGAGGAAGCUGAAGAGCAAGGUUGCAACCCUGGCGAAUGAAGCAGCAAUCGUCUCGGCUCGCAGCCAACAGUGGCCCGGCUCUUCUAAUGACAUUGACAUCGACCUGGGCGGCCGAGGUACCGGCAGAGACACCACCAUCAUCUUUGGAGCAGGAGGCGAAGGGGGCGGGGGAAGCAGAGGGGGCUCGAGCUCCGACACACGAUUCGUCGGUGUCCUCGGUGGCACCGGUGGUGCUGGAGGAGGUGGCACUGGUGUUUCUGGAGGAGGUGGCACUGGUUUUGCUGGAGGAGCUGGCACUGGUGUUUCUGGAGGAGGUGGCACUGCUGUUUCUGGAGGAGGUGGCACUGGUUUUGCUGGAGGAGCUGGCACUGGUUUUGCUGGAGGAGCUGGCACUGGUGUUUCUGGAGGAGGUGGUACUGCUGUUUCUGGAGGAGGUGGUACUGGUGUUUCUGGAGGAGGUGGCACUGGUUUUGCUGGAGGAGCUGGCACUGGUGUUUCUGGAGGAGCUGGCACUGGUUUUGCUGGAGGAGUUGGCACUGGUGUUGUUGGUGGUGGUAGCUCCGGUGGUGCCGGGGGCGCUGGUGGCAAUACUUUCACAGGCAGCACCUUCUGGACGGCCGAGAGUGGAAGAUACAUAGAUGAUGUUGUUCUUCAGAUGAGCAUCCGGCAGCUGUUAAGAUCCGAAAUGAACUCACAGGCCUUCAGAGCUCAGUGCAGGUUGAGAGGGGGCUGCCUGGGCCUAAAGGGGACCCUGGAUCCAAAGGAGAUCAAGGUUUCGCUGGAAAUCCAGGUGCACCUGGUGCGAUGGGACACCCUGGUCCUGAGGGUCCUAAAGGGCAGAAAGGAAGUCAAGGUGAACAUGGACUGGAGGGGCCACCUGGCAUCCGGGGCCGUGAGGGCCCGUCCGGGCCCAGAGGGGCACAGGGAGAACCUGGAUCUGUGGGACCUCCUGGCUCCCCCGGAACAAAAGGUCAACCAGGACCUCGGGGUUUCCAAGGUGAGGCGGGACUGCCCGGAGCUAAAGGUGACAGGGGACUUGCUGGAAUUCAAGGAAUCAAAGGAGACCCCGGUGAAAAGGGCGUCAGAGGUCUGCAAGGUGACCCUGGUCUGCAGGGACCAGCUGGAGAGAAAGGCUCUAGGGGAUCUAUGGGCCAAGAAGGUGCAAAAGGAUCAAGAGGGGAUCAAGGACCUCCUGGAAUCAGAGGUGUUGCUGGACCACCUGGAGAUUCUGGAGCUCCAGGGGUCCCUGGGCUUCAAGGACCACCAGGGAUUCCAGGGAGUCCAGGUCGACCUGGAGCUAAGGGUGAACCAGGUCAAGCAGGAAGGAUCAUCAACGCAGCUGGCUCCACAUCAGUUGGAAUCCCAGGACCACCAGGGCCUGCUGGUCCUCCCGGCCCUGCAGGAGCUCCAGGAUUAUCAGGUCCCAUCGGCCCUGCUGGUCUGCCUGGCCCAGCUGGUACGUCCUAAAGGUGACAGAGGGUAUAAGGGAGACCAGGGAGAAGCUGGAGUCAGAAGCAGUGAAAGGAUAACCUCGUCCACCUCAGAGAGUAAGUACUUUUUAAAGGUCAGUUUAACGAACGUGGAGCCUCAGCACUGCCUGGUCCACCCGGUCCACCUGGGCCUCCCGGUCGUCCAGGUGAUUCAAGGCAAGGACCCCCAGGGCCUCCCGGACCUCCUGGCCAGCCAGGCUAUGGGAGACCAGGACCUAAAGGAGACAAAGGAGACUCUGUCUUCUCAUCCGGCUCUGGAACCUUUAUUCCGGGACCACCAGGACCUCCCGGGCCUAAAGGAUCAACAGGUUCCCCUGGGCUACGUGGAUACCAAGGUCCACAAGGCCCAGCAGGUACACCAGGAGCCCCAGGGAGACCAGGGAUUACUGAGAGAGUGUCGACGCAUGGCGGAAACGGGAUCCCUGGACCACCAGGCCCACCAGGUCCUCCAGGACUGCCGGGGGUCAAAGGGGACACUGGAGCUCCUGGGAUUCCAGGCCUCUCUAGAGGUAAAGGAAGUCAUAACUAUCCUCCUAAACACUCUCGAAUGCUCAGUGUCAGUCACAGCAGGGCCUCCUGGUCCCCCAGGUCCUCCUGGUCCUCCUGGCUCCUUCGCUUCUUCGAGAGAGAUGCAGCAAUACAUGUCAGACUACCUGAGCAGAUUCAGACAGAGCAUCUUACCUGGUCCUCCGGGUCCACCUGGGCCCCCAGGAGUACCUGGAACCUUCUCUGGCUCCAUAGAAGACAUCUCUGCUCGUAUGAUUGCAUAUCUGCGACGCUCAGAUUCCAGCCUAAACUUUGGCGUUCAGGGGCCUCCAGGACCACCUGGUCCUCCUGGACCUGCUUCUGGAUCCCUGACAGUCAAUGCUCUGAUCGCCAUGCUUCAAAGAGAUGAUGUGAGGAGGUAUUUGUCAGGACCACCAGGGCCACAAGGACCACCGGGACCACCAGGGACAUCAGUAGGGUUUUCAGGCAAUUACAGAAUUGAGGAGGUAGCCACAUAUGUCGUCAAUGUCCUGAAUGACAGAGGGUUUGCCAGAGGUCCACCCGGGCCACAAGGUCCUCCUGGACCCCCAGGGCUUCCUGGUGCAGGAGGCUCUGGCGUUUUGACCACUGCUAUUGACUAUUCUGCGCUGGCCAGCAGUGAGAACACACCGCAGAGUUCCGCGCAUGGAUCAGGGAUUCUUUACAACAUGGCCACCCUGGUCCUCCGGGUGUCCCAGGGCUACCUGGUCCCCCUGGCCCUCAGGGUCCACCGGGAGUUUCCACUGCAACUGUGUUUGGGGCAGGAGGUCGUGGCUACAGCAUUGAGGAUAUUCAGAGAUACCUGCAGGAGUCUGCUCAUGUUGAUCUUCACUCCUCCAGGUUCUGGGUUCAGAGGUCUCCCUGGCCCUCCAGGUCCACAAGGUCCACAGGGUCCACCGGGCAGUUCCUCUGCCACAGUUUCCUACAGAGGAAACUUCCCUCGGGAGAGCAUUCGAGCUGAAAUUCAAGAGUAUCUGACCAGUGACAGUAUUCGUCGGACCAUCGUAGGCCCUCCAGGACCUCCAGGUCCAAGGGGUCUGAAGGGAGAGCGUGGAGAACCAGGUUAUGCCCAUGGGUACACUCAGAGCCUGAGCUUCUCUCAGCAAAGCCAGGGCUCGUCUCAGCAGGGCCAGGGCUCAUCUAAGCAGGGCCAGGGCUCGUCUCAGCAGGGCCAGGGCUCGUCUACGCAGGGCCAGGGAUCCUACCAGCAGAGCCAGGGCUCGUCUACGCAGGGCCAGGGCUCGUCUACGCAGGGCCAGGGCUCGUCUACGCAGGGCCAGGGAUCCUACCAGGGCGGCUUUCAAUAUGGUUCUCAUCAGGGAAAUAUUGAUUUAAGCAAGCUUGCUGAAACAAUUGACUACUCCAACGUCGCCAUGAGAGUUACAGAUUACAUCAAGAAUCAGGGUCUGCUGCAGGAGUAUCUGGUUGAGAGCCCUUUGAGGAUGAACGUGCGAGCAAUUCGAGGCCCCCCCGGUCCACCCGGACCUCCAGGGCCACCUGGUUACAGUCGUGUCAUUGGGUCCUACGGCAAUGUCACAGCGGACCUCAUGGAGUUCUUCAGGACUUACGGCACCAUCCCCGGCCCUCCAGGAAUCCAAGGACCAAUGGGAGAGAGAGGGUACCCGGGACCCAAAGGAGAAAAGGCCAAAGUGGCAGGUCGAGCUAAGCAGCGUGACCACCAGGCCGACGGGGGCUGA